UCGAAUGCCAUCAUCGCCACUUCCACCACAAUCACAACUACAAAUAUGCCUGAACUCCCUAAAGUCAUCAUGUAAGCAGCAACAACAACAAUCAUCUUCUUAUUCGUCAUCUAUAUCUUCAUCUACUCCUUCAUCGACUUGUGUAAAUGAAAGAUUAAAUUUUAUAAAAAAAGAAAUUCAAGAUAUUGAAGAUGAAAAAAUGACUCUGGAGCAAAAAGCAUUACAACAAUACAGUGCCUCGAGAAUCAUUGACUUAAGUUCAUUGAUGAAGGAUUAUUUCACUGAAGACAAACAAAAAAAAAUGAAUUUAAUAGAUCAAGGUGAAACCAACCAAGCAUAUCUUAGAUGUUUAGAUACUCAUAUUCACUCAGAAAUAAACACAGAACUAUAUAAGAUAUCUAAAGUAUAUGGCGAUUUUUUAUAUAAAACAAAAAAUGGAAAAUCUUUUUUAAAUAAUAAUGAUAACAGAUACACUGAAACUGAUAUUAUUGUAAAAUCAGUAGAGUAUAUCAUCAAUGGAUUGACACCUGACUUUGAUUUUAGUCAAAAAUGGGGUGAAUCCUUUUCUCCGCCAUCAAAAUCUGAGAGUUAUACUCAUGGUCAACAAUGUGACAUUCAUAUACUUAGCAAAGAUUUGGCUGAGUGGGAGUUUUCACAACACAUAACUCCUGUAAAAAUUAUAACUGACAGAUGCAGAUCGAACAGAGUCAAUCAAGCAAUCUUAAAUAGUCUUUUUAAAAUAGAACAAUUGGAAGAUCAUGUUGAUAUAAAAGUGCAAUAUGUUCAAAUGGCUGGAAUUAAUGGUCAAAUAUUAUUAAUGACAAUUGAGAAAGACUAUUAUGUUGUAUCGCCUGGUCAAUCUUUUGUUUUGCCAACAUCUCUUCACGAGAUUCAAAGAUUGAAAAACGUUUCAAAGAUAUUCAACCAUUUAUUG